CCUUAUCUAUACGCAUUUACGCACCAUUUGAGGCUGAUUGGUCAUGUCAAGUUGGGAAGGAACCUCAGAGCUCGUAGCAGGACUGUAAGAGGAAUAGCGGCCAGCCAAAACCAACUUCCGGUCGAAUGGCCAGUGUUCUGGGUACCUCGUCCGCAUCACUCUUCGCCUGCCGACACCCUUCAUCUUCCAACCCCGCUUCUCGUCUUACAGGUUUUGGAAAUGGGAGAAAGUUCUAUGGAGGGAUUGCAAUUCCCGUGAAGAAAGGAAAGUCUUCCUUCCGCGUUUCAAUUAGCAAUGUCGCCACUGUUCAAGAGCAGGAAAAAAAAGUUGUAUCAACCGAAAAUCAAAGACCUGUAUAUCCAUUUGCAGCCAUUGUAGGUCAAGAUGAGAUGAAAUUAUGCCUGUUGCUAAAUGUAAUUGAUCCCAAAAUCGGUGGAGUGAUGAUUAUGGGUGAUAGGGGAACUGGAAAGUCAACCACAGUUAGGUCUUUGGUCGACUUGCUCCCGGAGAUUCAAGUUGUAGCGGGAGAUGCAUACAAUUCUGACCCAGAAGAUCCAGAAUCAAUGGGAGUAGAAGUCCGAGAGAAAGUCAUGAAAGGAGACAAACUCCAGGUUGUCUUUACUAAAAUCAAUAUGGUUGAUUUGCCAUUGGGUGCCACAGAAGAUAGAGUCUGCGGAACAAUUGACAUAGAGAAGGCCCUGACAGAAGGCGUCAAGGCAUUCGAGCCUGGACUCCUUGCUAAGGCCAAUAGAGGGAUUCUUUAUGUGGAUGAAGUUAACCUUUUGGAUGACCACUUAGUUGAUGUGCUCUUGGAUUCUGCUGCCUCGGGUUGGAAUACUGUCGAGAGGGAGGGGAUAUCUAUUUCGCAUCCUGCUAGGUUCAUACUGAUAGGCUCGGGAAACCCAGAAGAAGGAGAGCUCAGGCCUCAGCUUCUAGACAGGUUUGGAAUGCAUGCCCAAGUUGGUACUGUUAGAGAUGCGGAGUUGAGAGUGAAGAUCGUGGAGGAGAGAGCAAGAUUUGAUAAAAACCCUAAAGAGUUCAGAGAAACUUACAAGGAGGAGCAGGGGAAACUACAGAAUCAAAUUGAUUCGGCUAGAAGCUUUUUACCGACAGUUGGGAUCGAUCAUGAUCUGCGUGUUAAGAUCUCUAGGGUGUGUGCGGAACUGAAUGUGGAUGGGCUGAGGGGCGACAUAGUGACAAACAGAGCCGCUAAAGCUCUGGCUGCAUUGAAAGGAAGAGAUAAGGUAACGGCUGAGGAUAUCGCAACUGUCAUUCCUAACUGCUUGAGACACCGACUUAGAAAGGAUCCUUUGGAAUCGAUUGAUUCAGGCGUGCUUGUCAUUGAGAAAUUCUACGAGGUAUUUGCCUGAUGAGGUGAGUCUUUUUUUGUUGUUGUUGUUGUUGGAAUCCUUGUAUUUUAAUUUGAACUAUUUAUAUUUGUUACCCGGCAUUUGGGUAGGUCAAAAUGUGUGGGCUAGUGUACUAAAUUCUUAUAUAAAUAAAACUGUUUUAGUCAUUUUUGCUUUA